UCUGUAAACAUUCUAACAGAUUAGUCAUUCCCCCAUUGCAUAUGCCAGUGAAAUUGUAAAGAAUUUAAGGAAAAUGGUGAAUUUAGUUUCUCCGCCUUCGCUUUCCCAGAUGCAAUUUUGGCACGGGCUCUGGGAGUAUCAACACGAACCGAGACUGGAACGUAGAGCUCGCCAGCGAUUGUUGGCACGGCGAGAUCGCCAAACCGGGUUGCAGUGGGUCUGGGCCAGCAACGGGCAAGUUCCUAGGAAUGCUGUCAGGACAGUCGAUUCGCACCGGAACAGUUCUUUCAUAGGGAGAGCCCAUCACCAGGGUUCGGUGACACCCGGAUACAUAGAUCCUAAGCGCAAGGCUUGUUGCAUCGCCUGGGGUGGUGAUGAACACGAGAAGAGAAUCUACGAAGUUCUCUGUACGACCGGAUCAUUCCUGCCGGUUUCGGAGGUCAACACGGAAGUGCUGCUGAGCGCUACUUCGGCUGGGAUUUCAGAAAAUGGCGAACCACUGUUCAUCGGACGGGUGAGACACGAGGGGAAGUACAUUUAUGGCAAAGUGCAGCGGUCGCACGGAGUGUGCUACAUUAGCCAUGGCAAACGCGAAAUGGGAUUCAAGGAAUACGAAGUAUUCAGUGCAAUGCCAGACCCAACAUUCCAGUAUCACGAGUGGGUGAGCAACGAAGAUGUCGAGACUGUUCCACCGAAAGCCAUCGUGGGCGGUAUGAACCAGGACGGGUAUUUGUACAUCGGUCGUGCCAAACACCGUAAUUCGCUUACACCCGGGUCCGUUUGUCCCAGAGCAAACAUUUGCCACAUUGCCUGGGGCUCCGAUGAGCAUCCCAAAAGCAAAUACGAAUAUCUAUGCAAUUGUAAGACAAAAUUUAUUCCAUGUUCAUCGAACAAUGUGCCCGUGGGAGCCAUUCACGGAGGUUAUUCGGAAUUCGGGGAACCUCUGUUCAUCGGACGCGUACAGAUCAACAGAAGGCAGCUUAUAGUUGGAAAGGUUCAACCGUCCCACUCGGUUUGCUACGUUCCUUAUAGAGGAAAAGAAACUGCUUACAAGGAGUAUGAAAUACUAGUAUUAGACAACUGCUAAGGAGCUCAAAUGAAUACCCAACAAAAAUAUGUGAUGUGAUCAUUGUAUUCUAGAAUGUAAUUGAUAAUACUGUUGUCUAAAAUCGGAAGACAUUUUCUUUUAAUUGUAAUUUGUUUGGUAACUACCGUAACUACAUAAAUAAUUGUUCAAGAUAAGAAUGAUAAGACU